GGUGUCUGACUACCAAAGCAUGCAUACAAAACUAGCUUUGCAACAUCUAAUGAAUUUCAGCGAGAAAAUUAAUUUGGCUGGAAACCUUAAGCGGUACCGGAGUGAGCUCCCUAACCAAGACUCUGAUAAUCUUACGGAGCCCAUUGAUAAUCCUUCUGAACCCAUUGAUAAUCCCGGCAAACGUUUCGACGAUUUAGUGCACGUGAAACGUUUAAAAAUGCAGACUCCAAAACCCGUUGACAAUGCUGAGAUACAUUAUAAUUCUUUGAAAGAUACACAGUCGAAGAGAUCAGAUGAGAUAAAAGAUAGAAUUUCCCAUAACAUAAACAAUAAGAAUAUCUACGAAAUUAACACUGGUGAAGGCUCUAUUAAAAAUCUACUACAAGACCACUUCCUCUCACUAUCCGGUCGUCGUUCCAAACAGAAAUAUAAACAACGUAGGGAUGUCCUGGUGCCGAUGGGCUCGCCCCUUUUACUCCUGCAGAACACUCACACUAACUUAGUAUCUCCAGACACAUUCCACUAUUCACAUGACAAUGUCUCUGUCCGGCAGCUUCAUCCUGGAAGCACCCAAGUUCCCCAGCACUCUUUGGAAAAGACACUUCAGCUGGCUAACUCACAUAAAACAACGACCACACACACAUUUCGAGACACGAAAGUUAACGAUGGCUCGAGGCGUCAGCAGGAGCCUCAGAAAGUCUCAGCUUUAGCAAGGGAGGACAAGAAGCUUCCACAAGACAUCAUCGCUGAGAACGGGCGGGUGGGAUUGCUCUUCUCGUCCAAGGCUCUGGUGCAGCUGGUAGUGAAUCCACUGGUGGGGCCCCUCACCGCUCACGUCGGUUACUCCUUCCCGCUAGUUGUGGGCACUCACAACCUCAUUCUCUCAGCUCUCCUGUUUGCCUACGCUGAGAGCUACACCUUGAUGUUUCUCGCCCGCAGUCUCCAGGGUGUCGCCUCUUCUUGCAUUGCCAUCGCCGGCAUGGGCAUCAUAGCAGAAUGUUACAGUGAGGACGAGGAGCGUGGACGCAUCCAGGGACUGGUAAUGGGUGGCAUCGCUCUGGGUGUCCUGGCUGGCUACCCGUUGGGAAGCUUCCUCUACGACUUUACUAGUUCUAAAACCCCUCCCUUCCUGGUGGUGGUUACCCUCACCGCUCUUCUAGCAUUGGUACAGCUGGUGGUGUUGGACCCGCGGCCUACACCUGAGGUAAACUGCAUUGACUAG